AUGGAGACAGCAGACCAGAACAUGAAGCUGGAUGAGAUAAAGAAACAGGUGCGGUGGGGCACCGUGAGUGUUCUGGAAUUCCGCGUGGGCUACAACGCCAGCGCCGUACCGGAAAGCGGCGGUCCGCCCGUGGGUCUGAUCGGUCGACCGACGCGACACUCGUACUCGAUGAUCCCCUCGGAAGACGACGUGGAGAGCACCGACAGCGACCGCAACGACCUGUGGCUGGACCCAAUGGACCGCGCGCGUACCCUGGCGGAGGACCAUGCAUUCCCAAUGGAAGACAUUGCACUGAUCUGCCGCGACGUGCGAGCGACGUUAGACUCGCGAUUGCUCUCGCGUUUGGACAAGGUGACGGAGAAGAGACUGGAAUCGUCGCAGUCGUCUCGAUGCAACGGCUUGUGCAGCUCUACGAGACAAAAGGUGUUGCUGUAUUAA